AUGAUGGAGAAAGCUCUGCUUGGCGGAGAAAGCAGUAAUGGCGGUGUUGGUGGAAGGUAUGGUCAGCAGAGAGAUCCGCGGGCUUUCCGUAACAGUCGCUUGGACGCAAUUGCUCAUGGUUCUUCUUAUGAAAAAGCGGCAGCACUGGUGGAUCUCGCGGAAGAUGGUACUGGUCUACCGGAAGAAAUCCUUGAGCAAUCUAAUUUUGAGAGCUUGGCAAAGUUUUACUUCAUAUUCAUCCGAUUCAAUUUCAUUUGGACUCUCAAUUAUUUUGCCUUGAUAGUUCUAAACUUCUUGGAGAAACCAUUGUGGUGCUCCGAGGGUUCUGCCUAUCCAUGCAAUGAUCGGGAGUAUUACUAUCUAGGAGAGCUGCCAUACCUAACUGGGGCUGAGUCUCUUAUGUACGAGGGCAUCACUCUUAUGAUUCUCGCAAUACACAUUCUCUUUCCAAUUUUAUUUGAAGGCUUUAGUAUCUACUGGAGAAGUAUUCUUAAUAAAUCGAAGGUAUUUGUUUCUGGAGUCAUUUUCCUGCUAAUUUUGGCAGCUGAUAUAUUAGUCUAUAUUCUCUAUCUGUCUCCUGUGGCUUUCUAUUCACUUCCACUUAGGAUUGCGCCUUAUAUGCGGGUUGUUUUUUUCAUUCUGAACAUUAGGUUUAAGGUCAACUUCGAGUUUACCCCAUCUCUAUGGUGGACUAACAAUAUUAUGGUGUUGUCAUGCCUCUUUCUUGAAUUCCCCUAUGUGGAAGUUUUGAAACUGGAAUAA